AUGCCAAACAACCAAUUUUCCUCCUCGCAAGACACCGGCGUCACCGGCGCUGCGAAAUUCGUCACCUCCACACUCGGUAACACUGUGGGCGGGGUGUCCCGCACCGUUGGUGGCGUCACUGGGGCCGCAACCCGGGGUAUCGGCGAUACCAUCACAAGUGCAACGGGGAGCGCGGGCAAGCCGGUUGGAGAUGCGCUGGGGAGCGCAGGGACCGGGGUUGAGGAUGGUGCGAAGCGAAUUGCGAAGGGAGUGGAGAAUGCCGGACAGUGGAGAUAG